AUGCAGCCUGCCCUUCAGGCAGCCGGCGAGGAGAACGUAGUGCUCAUCAACGGCUGCGCUUGCUGUCAGAUUCGGCGCGACCUGAGGGAUCGGCUCUGCCACCUGCGAGAAAGAGGUCUGGGCGACACGGAGGGCGUCGUCAUUGAGUGCUGUGGUCUGGCAGACCCGCGCGCGGUGGUGAAAACCUUCCUCCUUGAUGAGGAGAUGAAGAGAUCUCUGCAGAUCCAGGAGGUCGUUGCCGUCAUCGAUGCCGCCCACGUCAGCCGGCACCUCCUCGCAAGCACCUCCACCCCGGCCGCGCGGCUCGUGGAGGCGCAGAUUGCCCUUGCCUCGGUCCUCUUGCUGAACAAGAUGGACCAGUGCAGGUCCCAUGACUUCGAGGCUUUGCGCAAGGCCAUCAGGGAGAUCAACCCCGCGGAAGUGCGGCCCUGCAGCUACUGUGAGGUGGACUUCGGCGUACUCCAGGGAGGUGGGUGCAAACCGUGGCUCGGUCCAGGGGCAUGGUCGCCUUACAGGGCCUUGUCUGAGGACAUCCAGAUGCAAAGCGUCUGCAUACCCCAGGACGUCAGAUAUCCAGGUCGCCCCCAGAUUCGAUGCAUUUCUGUGCGCAUCCAGGGCAACCUGGAUUUGGAUGCGUUCAACCGCUGGGUUCUGCGCACGCUGCAGGAUAUGGACGUGAUGCGGGCCAAGGGAGUGCUGGCCAUCUCGGGCUACGACGCCAAGUUUGCGUUUCAAGCCGUCCACGCUGCGUUUGACGGCACGGUCGCCCUGACUGCGAAGUGGGGGCAGGAGGAGCAGCGCUUCUCAGACGUGGUGGUCGUCGGCUACGAGGUGCAAGCCGAUCUGGUUGAGCACGGGCUCAGGAGAUGCAGAGCUUAG